AUGAAGCAUGGUUAUCAAGACAGUGAUAUCAUGGCAAUGGAUGAGACCCCUGUGUGGCAGGACAUGUUAUCAGACACAACUGGUGAUAGAACAGGAGCACAAACAAUUAGAAUGAAGACCACAGGGCACGAAAAGAACAAACCCUUCAAGAAGUACAUCAGAGAAAAAUACGACGAGUGGAUGGCGGGCGGCAUUCACGAGUUCACAGUAAAUGGCAAUAUGAGGGGUCCCCCAAGAGAGAUGAUGGUGGACUGGAUUCUGGCAGCUUGGGAUAGCUUUGACGGGCAACUUUUGAUCGACUUCUUCAAGAACUGUGCACUGACCGUUGCAACGGAUGGCAGUGAAGAUGCUGAAAUUCAUUGCCUAAAGCCAAGCCAACCUUGCGCAGCAGGCCUAGACCGGCUGAAGAGAUUAAAUCACAGUGCCAAAGCAAGACUCAAAGUCCAGGAAGAAGAACUCAGAAGUCUGCACUGGGAGCAUGAAGUUCUUCAACAGCGCUUUAGCCAGACUCAAAGUGAACGUGACGAGUUAUAUGGCAAGUUUGUGAAAGCAAUCCAUGAAGUCCAACAAAAAAGCAACUUUAAGAACUUACUGUUGGAAAAGAAACUGGCAGCCCUUGCUGACACAUUGGAGAAGAAGGAAGCACAAUUGAAUGAAGUUCUCUCAGCCUCUAAUCUGGACCCUACGGCUCUUACUGUUGUCACCAGAAAACUCGAGGAUGUGUUAGACUCAAAGAACAGCGCUAUCAAAGACUUACAGUAUGAACUGGCUCGUGUCUGCAAGGCGCACAACGAUCUCAUCCGAACAUACGAGGCGAAGCUACAGUCAUUUGGCGUUCCAACAGAAGAACUCGGUUUCAAGCCCCUGGAGAGCAACAUUGGAGGACAACAACUCGGCCGAGGCCCCGCCGGCCUAGUAGCUGCUCCGACUUAAACUACGAAAACGCUAUUCCUCGACUGCGAACAUUUUUAUUUUCAAGGGACAAUUUUGCUUCAAAUCUGACAGAAUCAUACAUAAUAUGUAAAUAGACUCUUUAACUGUAAAAGUAAGUUUUUAUUGUGUGUCGUAGAUUAUCGUAAAAAAUUGUGUUUUACUGUAAAAAAAAAAUGUUUUACUGCUUCACCGUGUUGAUUUUUCACAAAUAUACGUUCAGAAACCUCCUC